GCUUUAACAGUGAAUGAAUGCCAAAAGCUUCAUUUAUCUGGCAUUCGUGUGGAACCAGUUGAUGGGAAUGAUGGUUUUGUUGGAUAUACGGAACACAGCGUUUCGAUAGUUCGACCAGACACUAUAGUUUCUGUAAAUAUUUUUGGUUUAAAUUUGGAUGUAAUACAGAAGGUAAGUUUUACUACCGACCCGAACAAUUGUUCUAGCAGUGGACUAAUAGAGGAUUAUGAAGGAUUCAGUGUUAGAACUGGCGAAAGGAUUACAAUACGUACACGUUUUCCCAAUUCCAAGAAGCACUAUUAUAUAUGCGCUACAAAGAAGCUACCGUUAGGGAAAGCUGGAGAGGUCCCUGUUGUUUGGAAUGUGCAUUUCGCUUCUAUCACAACGCAAGUACCACCAAGGCAAUAUUAUUUACCAUUUGGUAUACAAGUGGCAGUUAUAAGCUGUCUUUUAGUGCUCUCAGGUCUAUUUUCUGGGCUUAAUCUGGGGUUGAUGGCCUUAACACCACAAGAAUUAAUGCUUAUUCAGAAAUCAGGCAAACCAGCUGAAAGAGAAUAUGCAGAAAUCAUAUUACCGGUGAGACAGUCUGGAAAUUUUCUUUUGUGUUCGUUAUUGAUUGGCAAUGUUUGUGUUAAUUCUGGGAUUUCUAUAUUGUUUGAUGACUUGACUUCUGGUUACGUUGCUUUGAUUGUUUCAUCAGCCGGCAUUGUUGUAUUUGGUGAAAUUUUUCCUCAGAGUCUUUGCGUCAAAAAAGGUUUAGCUGUGGGAGCACGGACUAUUUGGAUCACUCGUUUUUUUAUGGUUUUAACUUUUCCAUUAGCAUACCCGAUUAGUAAAGUUUUGGAUUUCAUUCUUGGCGAUGAGGUUGUACCGUACAACAGAAAGCGGUUGAUGGAAUUGAUAAAAAUGUCUACUAGAAGCGAAGAAGGGCUGGCGGAAGAACUGAAGAUAGCUGUUGGGGCAAUGGAGAUAACUGACAAAACAGUGAAAGACGUUAUGACGAAAAUUGAUGACGUCUUCAUGUUACCUGAUACCACAGUCUUGAACACAAAAACUGUUGCAGAAGUACUGCGUAUGGGAUACACUCGCAUACCUGUUUAUUCUGGCGACAGGAACCACGUAGUCUCUUUGCUUUUUGUGAAAGAUUUAGCUUUGCUUGAUCCAGACGAUAAUUUUACUAUCAAAACGGUUUGUGGAUACCAUGAACAUCCGCUCCGUUUUGUUAUGCACGAUACACCAUUGCGUGUUAUGCUAGAAGAGUUCAAGAAGGGAGAUUAUCAUUUAGCGAUGGUUCAGCGCGUUGUUCAGCCUGAAGAGUCGGAUCCCCGGUACGAAUUAGUCGGCAUUGUCACACUUGAAGACAUAGUCGAAGAAAUUCUUCAAGCGGAAAUUGUGGAUGAAACUGAUGUUGUUACCGAUAAUGUUAAUAGAAUAAGAAGGCGGAAUGCUCAAGCACGUGAUCUUACGUACAUAUUCGAGCACGAUGGACCUUCUCAAGUCAUUUCUGUUCAAAUGCAGUUAGUUACUAUGCAGUGGCUUGUAACAAACCACAAGGCUUUUGAUCCAGAGUUGAUUUCCCAAAAUGUCCUGGAGAGGCUUAUCAAACAGCAUGUGCGAAGGGUGGAAUUUUCCCAUUUACCGGAUAUGAAUGAUCCGAAAGCAGUUAUCCCUCGCACUGCCAAACUUUAUACAAAACAGGAACCUUCGGAAAAGUUUAUUUUAAUUCUUGAAGGAAGAGCAAUAGUUACUAUUGGCCAGAAUGCAAUGACUUUUGAAGCUGGACCUUGGCACUGCUUUGGUGAUGAGUUACUUGAUCGUCUGAUCAUUUUGGCUCAACAACAAGGCAUUAUAGCCCAGCAGGUCCCAGUGUCGUUUUCACGUAAUUCACUUGCUGCCAAUUCGCCCAGUGAUGCUCCGAAAAAAAUGGCAGCGACAUUCAUUCCUGAUUAUUCAGCUGUGGUUCGUGAUGACUGUACAUAUCUGGAGAUAACUGCACAAACAUAUUUAUUGGCUUGCAAAUCAACUCAACUUUCGAAAGGGAGCAGGUCUCGUGACACGAUUCCUCACAGAUUUACUAUUGCAAAUUUACGUUCUUUGCGGUGUGACAUUGAGGAGGAGAAGAAAUUUUUAUUGGACAGCAGUCAUUGCCCAUCGGCUCACUCACUUUUAGUCUGA